UUCCAGGGCGGUUCGCGGGCGGUUCCGGGGCGGUCCCGGGGCCGUUCCGGGGCGGUGCCGUGGCCGGGGCCGGUGGCGCCAUGGCCGCCGCUGCGGGGCUGGCGCUGCUGGCGCUGCUGGCGGCGGCCGGGGCCGAGCGGAGCCGGAAGGUGUCCAUGGAGUACAACCCUGGCUGGAACAGCUCCUCUGUGAACCUGCUGCACGUGCGGGCGGUGGGGCCUGAGGACAGCCUGCACUACGUGUGGAGCAGCAUCGGGGCCCCUUCCGUGCUCCUGGUGGCCACACGGAGCCCCAACAGUGCCCUGAGGGUCAACUGGACCCAGCUACUGUCACCCAGCCCUGCUGGGGCCAUCUGGAUCGACCCUCCCGACAGCGUGCUCUAUUCCACGGCCGUGGUCUUCACCAAGCUCUUCGAGUUCAGCGAGGCCAAACCUUCGGAGGAGCUCUUCUACCCCACCUAUGACCUGUCCGAGUUCUCCUGGGACAGCCUCAACCACACCCUGAACCACACGGCGCUGACGGCCGAGCUCAGGGGGGUCCCGGCCACCGACCCCGGCGGAGCCUUCGCCAACGGCAGCCUGGCAUUCCGGGUGACAGCCUACGAGUCCAGCGGCCGUGCGGUGCCGCUGCCCAGCCUGCAGCACACUCCGGGCAGCUCGCAGCUCCAGUUCAUCGUGGCCGGGGUGGCCCCGCGCGGGAGCGGCUCCCGGUUCCGCCUGCAGCUGGCCACGCUGGAGCCACCGGGGGCGGCACGGCACCUCCGGGCCCGCAGCUCCAUCGACGACGAGUACACACCCAGCGUCUUCCAGGUGCUGUCCCUGCAGUGGAAGGCGGCUGACACUGCUGUCUGUCUGUCUGCCUGUCUGUCCAUCCCGCAGGUGCUGUCCCUGCAGGCAGAGCCCCCCAACAGCAGCUCCCCGCUCUCCUUCCUGCAGUGGAAGGCGGCCGCCUACGGCUCUCCCAGCCCGCGGCGCGAGGACGGGAUCGGCUGCAGGGCCGGGGGGCUGCACGUGGCCAGCGGGACCCCCCCCGGGACCCCCCCCGUGCUCAGGGCCUUCUUUGGGGACAGCCUGGCCACCAGCACGGCCAGCGUCCUCAAUGUCACCUUCGGGGGCGAGGAGGGACACGUGUACCAGGAGAGGAGGUACCUCAGCUGGUCGGUGCUGCUGGGCUUCGGGGAGCCCCCCAGGGACACCUUCUCACCCCUGGUGAUCUCCAUCACGGCCGUGGCGCUGGGCACCCCGCUGGCCAUGCUGCUGCUGGGCAGCUGCCUGCUGCUGCUGGCACAGAGGAGACGCUACUCGGAGUACGAGCCCAUCAACUGAGGGGGCUGGACCCCGGGAGACCCCCGGGAUCCUCCCCUCCAACCCCGGGAUCCUCCCAUCCCGGGAUCCUCCCACUCCUGGAUCCUCCCAUCCCGGGGAUUCCCGGAUUCCCUUCCCAGGAGUGGCCGUGGCUGCUGCCGCCCCCUCUGUGUCCCCUCUGCCACCCCCCCGAGGGGACCAGGGUGACACUUGCAGGUGCCCACCUCACCCCUCCCUGCCUCCUCCCCCUCCCCACUGCCACUCCUGCACUCCCGGAUUUUUCCUGAUCCACGCGGCAAAGGGAAGCCAUGGGAGGAGUUUGGUCAGGAAAAUCCUCCUCCUCU